AUGAAUAACACGCUGAACCAACAUUAUGAAGAGAAGGUGCGGCCCUGUAUCGACCUCAUCGACUCACUGCGCUCCCUUGGCGUGGAAAAGGACCUUGCGCUGCCAGCCAUCGCGGUGAUAGGGGACCAGAGUUCGGGAAAGAGCUCCGUGCUGGAGGCGCUGUCUGGGGUGGCUUUGCCAAGGGGUAGCGGUGAGUGAUAAUUCAACCUGGAUUCAUGGGUAGACGCCCGCAGCCCUCGCCUAUCAUCGAUGUCUUUAUUUAUUUAUUUAAUAAAUCAUUUUGACAGUAACCCUCCAAAAAGUAAUCAAUAACCUUUUUCAUUUCCAUAUGUACUAGGAAGCUAAGUGUUUGUUUCUUGGUCUUCAGGAAUGUGACUGAACAAUAACAAAUGUACUGAUUGAAAGAAUAAGCGGAUAUCAGUGAACCAAUGCCGUGGUCAAGAAUACGAUGGCGCCAGUGCAAGGAGUGGAGCUUACUUGUUUGUUCAAAAGCGCACAUCAGACCGAGAGCCAAAUGCUUCUUAGUUCUUUAUUAGUUUUAGUUGAGAAAACGAUCUCUCCGCAGAAGCGACAGUUACAGGUAUAAACAGCAUCAGGGAAACUGGGCAGAAGCGAGGUUUGCUUUAAAAAGCUUACAGCAGUUCUGUAACAUUAGUUAUGUAUCUCAUUCUCAUUCAUUGCCGGCCUCAACACGUUACGUAAAGGGAUUAACUGUAUAGGAAGCUCUGGGGACAGGUCGUCUGGAUACUGGACAGCCAAUAAAUUGACAGAUGUUAACAGAUUAUCAUCUUUAGCAGACAAGUUCUUGAGGGCUUGAACAAAAAAAGCUGUUUGCGAUUACGUUCAUACUGGUGAACCUGCGUUUGUGUUGUGUGGUUGCAAUAUCAACAGUCCCUUAUCUCUGGUAUUUCUUGGCAUGCAUCAUUCAAGACUAAGUUUAAAUUGUGUGCAGCGCAAUGGACAUAUAAUGCACAAUGUCUCAGGAAACACUGUCUGGGUUGGCAAUACUCAGUAUAGAAAACAGUCGGGCCGCAACCUGGACCUACUGGCCGUGGUGAAAAUAUUUGCACACAAAAAAGGAGGACUUCAGGACACCAGUGGAGUCUCUGAAGUUGGAUUUAAUUGGAUUUAAUUUAAUUUAACUUGAAUAUUGCAGCCCAUAUGUGUAGACUAUUAGCCAGACAAAACCCGCUGAGUUCAACAAUAAAUACUGGCUGAAUUUAUCCUCAAGCAGACUACUUUUUUCCUCACUGUUAGGCUAUUUUAUGUUACAUUUUUAUAAAAAGUUUGUAAAUAGCAGCUAAGUACGGUAUAGAUAUGACACUGCAUAAUGAAACAAUCUCUAGUAAACUAGUGUUUUGAGGGUGGACUGACUGUAUUAUUUGGCAUUAAAAGACUGGUUUUACGCACAACUUUUUAUCCAAGCUGGGAGAGAGCGGGAAGACGGCUCAUGUCAUGCAGGUUCCUGGUAGCCUAUACAGGACAGUUGUGUGUAUAUAUUGAAAAUAUAUAUAUUGGUAGCUGAUUAGUAUGCUGUUGCAUCGAACAUUUAUUUUACAAUCUGCAAUGUUUGAAUUUCCUACUUGAAUUACUGAACAAGUAAUAUCAUUAUACAUUUAUUUUAUUACACCAGUAUAACAAUGACAUCAUUGCGAUACUGUGUAUAGCUUCGUGAAUGUUAGACUUAACAUGAUAAAAUGACGACCAAUUAGGCCUACCAAUAAAUAUUUAUCCAUUAGCUAAAGAAAAGCUAAGACCUCGCAGGACAGAAAGCCUAUAAUCGAUUCGAUAGACAUGCAGCCAUAUAGACAUGUCGCAAUUUCAGCACCAUGGACAGCGAUCGGUAGUCUAUACUUUUUAUUUUAUUUUAUUUUAUUAUAGGGAUGGGUGAGGGCCGAACUCCGACCUUGCAGGGGUCCAGAGAAACUGCGUUGUGCCAGUGUGUAGAUGUAACAUCACAAGAUGUUGGAACAUUGCUGUGGGGACUUGCUUCCAUUCAGCCACAAGAGCAUUAGUGAGGUCGGGCACUGAUGUUGGGCGAUUAGGCCUGGCUUGCAGUUGAAGGUCCAAUUCAUCCCAAAGGUGUUCGAUGGGGUUGAGGUCAGGGCUCUGUGCAGGCCAGUCAAGUUCUUCGUACCCGGAAUGUAUGACAGUGUAAAAUCAAACUGGGUGAACAAUAGGGCCCACCUGGCCUGGCGAGGAUUCAGCCUCCUCGCUGUCCGGAUGUACUCCAGGUUACGGUGGUCCGUCCAGACGAGGAAAGGGUGUUUCGCCCCUUCGAGCCAAUGCCUCCACAUGGUCAAAGCUCGGACAACAGCCAACAGCUCCCGAUCACCAACGUCGUAGUUCUGCUCCGCCGGGCUGAGCUUAUUAGAGAAGAAGGCACAGGGGCGGAGCUUGGGUGGCGUGCCCGAGCAUUGGGAUAGGACAGCGCCUAUCCCUACCUCAGACGCAUCCACCUCCACUGCGAACGGUAGUGAUGGAUCGGGGUGGGCCAGUACCGGGGCUGAGGUGAACAGACCCUGCAGUCUCCUGAAGGCCAGGUCAGCCCUUGCCGGGACGGCCCACCCUUCAACAGGGAGGUAAUGGGAGCUGCGACCUUGCCAAAGCCCCGGAUAAACCUCCGAUAGUAGUUGGUAAAUCCAAGGAAGCGCUACACCUCCUUUAUCGUGGUUGGAUUCGGCCAAUUACGCACGGCUGAAAUGCGAUCUCCCUCCAUCUCCACACCUGAGGUGGUAAUGCGGUAUCCGAGGAAGGAGACGGACUGCUGGAAAAACAUACACUUCUCUGCCUUGGCAUAAAGGUCAUUUUCCAACAGUCGGGCCUGCACUUUGCGAACCAGGGACACAUGCUCGGCGCGCAUAGCGGAAUACACCAGGAUGUCAUCGAUGUAGACCACCACACCACGACCAAGCAUGUUCCGAAACACCUCGUUCACAAAGGACUGGAAGACAGAUGGAGCAUUCAUCAAACCGUAGGGCAUCACCAGGUAUUCAUAAUGCCCCGUGGUUGUGCUGAAUGUUGUCUUCCACUCAUCCCCCUUCCGAACACGCACCAGGUUGUAUGCACUCCUGAGAUCUAGUUUAGUGAAGAAGCACGCCCCAUGCAUUGACUCAAUCACUGAAGGAAUGAGGGGGAGAGGAUAACUAAAUCUAAUCGUCUUCUUGUUCAGUGAUCGAUAAUCAAUGCACGGGCGCAGACCGGCGUCUUUCUUCUUCACAAAGAAGAAACUCGAGGAGGCGGGUGAAGUGGAGGGACGUACAGUGGGGAAAAAAAGUAUUUAGUCAGCCACCAAUUGUGCAAGUUCUCCCACUUAAAAAGAUGAGAGAGGCCUGUCAUUUUCAUCAUAGGUACACGUCAACUAUGACAGACAAAUUGAGGAAAAAAAAUCCAGAAAAUCACAUUGUAGGAUUUUUAAUGAUUUUAUUUGCAAAUGAUGGUGGAAAAUAAGUAUUUGGUCACCUACAAACAAGCAAGAUUUCUGGCUCUCACAGACCUGUAACUUCUUCUUUAAGAGGCUCCUCUGUCCUCCACUCGUUACCUGUAUUAAUGGCACCUGUUUGAACUUGUUAUCAGUAUAAAAGACACCUGUCCACAACCUCAAACAGUCACACUCCAAACUCCACUAUGGCCAAGACCAAAGAGCUGUCAAAGGACACCAGAAACAAAAUUGUAGACCUGCACCAGGCUGGGAAGACUGAAUCUGCAAUAGGUAAGCAGCUUGGUUUGAAGAAAUCAACAGUGGGAGCAAUUAUUAGGAAAUGGAAGACAUACAAGACCACUGAUAAUCUCCCUCGAUCUGGGGCUCCACGCAAGAUCUCACCCCGUGGGGUCUAAAUGAUCACAAGAACGGUGAGCAAAAAUCCCAGAACCACACGGGGGGACCUAGUGAAUGACCUGCAGAGAGCUGGGACCAAAGUAACAAAGCCUACCAUCAGUAACACACUACGCCGCCAGGGACUCAAAUCCUGCAGUGCAAGAUGUGUCCCCCUGCUUAAGCCAGUACAUGUCCAGGCCCGUCUGAAGUUUGCUAGAGUGCAUUUGGAUGAUCCAGAAGAGGAUUGGGAGAAUGUCAUAUGGUCAGAUGAAACCAAAAUAUAACUUUUUGGUAAAAACUCAACUCGUCGUGUUUGGAGGACAAAGAAUGCUGAGUUGCAUCCAAAGAACACCAUACCUACUGUGAAGCAUGGGGGUGGAAACAUCAUGCUUUGGGGCUGUUUUUCUGCAAAGGGACCAGGACGACUGAUCCGUUUAAAGGAAAGAAUGAAUGGGGCCAUGUUUCAUGAGAUUUUGAGUGAAAACCUCCUUCCAUCAGCAAGGGCAUUGAAGAUGAAACGUGGCUGGGUCUUUCAGCAUGACAAUGAUCCCAAACACACCGCCCGGGCAACGAAGGAGUGGCUUCGUAAUAAGCAUUUCAAGGUCCUGGAGUGGCCUAGCUAGUCUCCACACCUCAACCCCAUAGAAAAUCUUUGGAGGGAGUUGAAAGUCCGUGUUGCCCAGCGACAGCCCCAAAACAUCACUGCUCUAGAGGAGAUCUGCAUGGAGGAAUGGGCCAAAAUACCAGCAACAGUGUGUGAAAACCUUGUGAACGCUUACAGAAAACGUUUGACCUGUGUCAUUGCCAACAAAGGGUAUACAACAAAGUAUUGAGAAACUUUUGUUAUUGACCAAAUACUUAUUUUUGACCAUAAUUUGCAAAUAAAUUCAUUAAAAAUCCUACAAUGUGAUUUUCUGGAUUUUUUUUUCUCAUUUUGUCUGUCAUAGUUGACGUGUACCUAUGAUGAAAAUUACAGGCCUCUCUCAUCUUUUUAAGUGGGAGAACUUGCACAAUUGGUGGCUGACUAAAUACUUUUUUUCCCCACUGUAUAUACCCCUGGCCCAGGGACUCGGUGACAUAUGUUGCCAUAGCCUCCGUUUCAGCCUGCGACAGGGGGUACACAUUACUCCUGGGAGGUACAGCGUCUACCCGAAGGUUUAUCGUGCAAACCCCCACCCGAUGAGGUGGUAAUUUAGUCGCACGCGUCUUAGAAAACGUGUGCGCCAAGUUGAGGUAUUCGGGGGGAAUGCGCACGGUGGAGGUACCGUCUGGACUUUCCACCGUGGUUGCACCAACGGAAACACCUAGACACCUACCCUGACACUCUCGCGACCACCCCGUGAGAGCCCUCUGCGCCCAUGAGAAGGUGGGGUUGUGGAGUGCUAGCCAAGGGAUACCUAAUACCACAGGGAAAGCAGGAGACUCAAUAAUCGAAAAAAUUACCUGCUCACAAUGAGUCUCCUGGGUGAUCAUGGUGACUGGUAUAGUGACUUCUAUAACAAAUCCGGACCCUAAUGGUCGACUAUCAAGUGCUCUGAUGGGGAGUGGAAUGGAUAGGGGAACCAAUUAAAUGCCUUGACGGCGUGAGAAUGCCCUGUCCAUAAAGUUCCCAACUGCGCCUGAAUCGACUAGCGCCUUACACUGGGGAACUACCAUGUGAUCGGGAAAGUGGAUAGGUAGGGUACAGUGCGCAGCAGAGGGCUCUGAUCAAGUGUGGGUGUUCGAUACCUGGGGUGAUGCGAGAGUACCCUUCCUGCCGCCUCCAGGCCCAAAAUAACGUUGGCUAUGACGUAUGGUGUACUGUCCCUUCGUGCCACCAGAGUGGCACUGUCGCUGUCUUCCUCCGCUCUCUCGGAUGGCGGCUCCACCCAGCUCCAUCAGGGAUCCGAGUCGUCCGGGGUGGAAACAGGCAGAUCCCUACCAGGACGUCCUCUGGCUGCCAGCAGGUUGUCCAACCGAAUGGCCAUGUCCACCAGUUUCGUGAAGGACAACAUGGUGUCCCGGCAGGCUAGCUCCCGUUGGACGUCCUCCCGCAGAUGGCACCGGAAAUGGUCGAUCAGGGCCCACUCGUUCCAUCUAGACCCCUUUCCCACAGAGGCAGGAAACGAGGGCGGACACCUUCUCCCGCUCCGAUGGCGCCGGCCUGAUGCUGGAGAAGUAAAGCUCUAGUUGGAGGAGGAAUCCUUGGCAGAGCUCCGCCAUCCCAUCGAACGCCUGUGGUCAGGAUAUCUGGAUCCCUCCGGGUGCUGGGGUGUAGGUGGCUGGAUCCAGUUGGCCAGCUGGUCUCGACAGAUCGGGUCCUCUCCUCUCCAGGCAUUGGACGACCUGAAGAACCCGAUCCAUCGCUUCCCCCAAGCUGGCCAGCAUCGUGGAAUGCUCCCGGACUCGUGCCACGACUCCAGGCAUGCACUCUUCUCCCGCUGACUGCAUAGCGGGUGGGUGAUUCUGUGAUGAGUGUGAUGGAAGGAGUCAGGCGCAGGAGGGUAAUCACCGAAUACAGAGUUUAUUCCGUCUUUACACACACAUGCGCUGGAAUAGCGACAAACGAAACAGGCACAGGGGAAACUAUCAUCCCUGGCAAUACACUGUAACGGUAGAUCCAGCAAUACAUAGGCACAGGGGAAAUAUCUACCCUGGCAACAAAAUGGUACGAGUAGCUCCACCAAGCUAUGCUACUCUCACAAUUAAACAAUCAUCCACAAGGACAAGGGGGCGUGGAUUCCGAUUGGUCAGACCAGCGUUGAAUAGUCCUUAGCACGGGUACUUCCUGUUUCAGUUUCUGCCUAUAGGAAGGGAGAAGCAAAAUGGAGUCGUGGUCAGAUUUGCCGAAAGGAGGGCGGGGGAGGGCCUUAUAACCAUCCCGGAAGUUUGAAUAGCAAUGGUCGAGGAUUUUAGCAGCGCGAGUACAACAGUCGAUAUGUUGAUAGAACUUCGGCAGCCUAGUCUUCAAAUUUGCUUUGUUAAAAUCCCCGGCUACAGUAAAUCCAGCCUCAGGAUAUGUGGUUUCCAGUUUGCAUAAGGUCCAGCGAAGUUCUACAAUGUCAUUGUAUGCUGUAGCGUUAAGAUUUCCCUUCACUGGAACUAAGGAGCCUGAACCAUGAAAAACAGUCCCAGACCAUUAUUCCUCCUCCACCAAACUUUACAGUUGACACUAUGCAUUGGGGCAGGUAGCGUUAUCCUGGCAUCCACCAAACACAGAUUAGUCGUUCGGACUGCCAUAUGGUGAAGCGUGAUUCAUCACUCCAGAGAAUGCGUUUCCACUGCUCCAGAGUCCAAUGGCGGCAAGCUUUACACCACUCCAGUCGACGCUUGGCAUUGCGCAUGGUGAUCUUAGACUUGUGAGCGGCUGCUCGGCCAUGGAAACCCAUAUCAUGAAGCUUCUGACGAACAGUUCUUGUGCUGACGUUGUUUCCAGAGGCAGUUUGGAACUCGUUACUGAGCGUUGCAACUGAGGACAGACGAUUUUUACGUGCUUCAGCACUCAACGGUCCACUUCACGGCUGAGCCGUUGUUGCUCCUAGAUGUUUCCACAUCACAAUAAAAGUACUUACAGUUGACCGGGGCAGCUCUAGCAGGACAGAAAUUUGACGAACUGACUUGUUGGAAAGGUGGCAUCCUAUGACGAUGCCACAUUGAAAGUCACUGAGCUCUUCAGUAAGGCCAUUCUACCUCCAAUGUUUGUCUAUGGAGAUUGCAUGGCGGUGUGCUUGAUUUUAUACACCUGUCAGCAACAGGUGUGGCUGAAAUAGCAGAAUAUUGUAUUUAUUUUGACUAUUUUCUACAUUGUAGAAUAAUAGUGAAGACAUCAAAACUAUGAAAUAACACAUCAAACAAAUCAAAAUAUAUUUGAGAUUUGAGAUUCUUCAACGUAGCCACCCUUUGCCUUGAUGACAGCUUUGCACACUCUUGGCAUUCUCUCAACCAGUUUCACCUGGAAUGCUUUUCCAACAGUCUUGAAGGAGUUCCCACAUAUGCUGAGCACUUGUUGGCUGCUUUUCCUUCACUCUGAGGUCCAACUCAUCCCAAACCAUCUCAAUUGGGUUGAGGUCAGGUGAUUGUGAAGGCCAGGUCAUUUGAUGCAGCACUCCAUCACUCUCCUUCUUGGUCAAAUAGCCUGGAGGUGUGUUGGGUCAUUGUCCUGUUGAAAAACAAAUGAUAGUCCCACUAAGCACUGUCGUGACGUGACUUUCAUGAAUCUGAUGACUGUUAUUUAUCGAAUCAACUAACUGUUUACUUGUCACUCGAUUAAAUUAAUCAUGUAACAAUUAACUCAUUAGGAAUUUGGGGCACCACGGAAGAAGUUGUUUAACGAGUUACCAUCUCCCGAAUUAAACUCUUAGAAUAUAUACAGUGGGGAGAACAAGUAUUUGAUACACUGCCAGAUUUUGCAGGUUUUCCUACUUACAAAGCAUGUAGAGGUCUGUAAUUUUUAUCAUAGGUACACUUCAACAGUGAGAGAAUCCAGAAAAUCACAUUGUAUGAUUUUUAAGCAAUUAAUUUGCAUUUUAUUGCAUGACAUAAGUAUUUGAUACAUCAGAAAAGCAGAACUUAAUAUUUGGUACAGAAACCUUUGUUUGCAAUUACAGAGAUCAUAUGUUUCCUGUAGGUCUUGACCAGGUUUGCACACACUGCAGCAGGGAUUGUGGCCCACUCCUCCAUACAGACCUUCUCCAGAUCCUUCAGGUUUCAGGGUUGUCGCUGGGCAAUACGGACUUUCAGCUCCCUCCAAAGAUUUUCUAUUGGGUUCAGGUCUGGAGACUGGCUAGGCCACUCCAGGACCUUGAGAUGCUUCUUACGGAGCCACUCCUUAGUUGCCCUGGCUGUGUGUUUCAGGUCGUUGUCAUGCUGGAAGACCCAGCCAAGACCCAUUUUCAAUGCUCUUACUGAGGGAAGGAGGUUGUUGGCCAAGAUCUCGCGAUACAUGGCCCCAUCCAUCCUCCCCUCAAAACGGUGCAGUCGUCCUGUCCCCUUUGCAGAAAAUCAUCCCCAAAGAAUGAUGUUUCCACCUCCAUGCUUCACGGUUGGGAUGGUGUUCUUGGGGUUGUACUCAUCCUUCUUCUUCCUCCAAACACGGCGAGUGGAGUUUAGACCAAAAAGCUCUAUUUUUGUCUCAUCAGACCACAUCACCUUCUCCCAUUCCUCCUCUGGAUCAUCCAGAUGGUCAUUGGCAGACUUCAGAUGGGCCUGGACAUGCACUGGCUUGAGCAGGGGGACCUUGCGUGCGCUGCAGGAUUUUAAUCCAUGACGGCGUAGUGUGUUACUAAUGGUUUUCUUUGAGACUGUGGUCCCAGCUCUCUUCAGGUCAUUGACCAGGUCCUGCCAUGUAGUUCUGGGCUGAUCCCUCACCUUCCUCAUGAUCAUUGAUGCCCCACGAGGUGAGAUCUUGCAUGGAGCCCCAGACCGAGGGUGAUUGACCGUCAUCUUGAACUUCUUCCAUUUUCUAAUAAUUGCGCCAACAGUUGUUGCCUUCUCACCAAGCUGCUUGCCUAUUGUCCUGUAGCCCAUCCCAGCCUUGUGCAGGUCUACAAUUUUAUCCCUGAUGUCCUUACACAGCUCUCUGGUCUUGGCCAUUGUGGAGAGGUUGGAGUCUGUUUGAUUGAGUGUGUGGACAGGUGUCUUUUAUACAGGUAACGAGUUCAAACAGGUGCAGUUAAUACAGGUAAUGAGUGCAGAACAGGAGGGCUUCUUAAAGAAAAACUAACAGGUCUGUGAGAGCCGGAAUUCUUACUGGUUGGUAGGUGAUCAAAUACUUAUGUCAUGCAAUAAAAUGCAAAUUAAUUACUUAAAAAUCAUACAAUGUGAUUUUCUGGAUUUUUGUUUUAGAUUCCGUCUCUCACAGUUGAAGUGUACCUAUGAUAAUAAUUACAGACCUCUACAUGCUUUGUAAGUAGGAAAACCUGCAAAAUCGGCAGUGUAUCAAAUACUUGUUCCCCCCACUGUAUAUGUUAUAUAUUGAUAACAGUCACUUAUUAAUCAUUACCUCAUCAGUCUCAUUCUGAACGUCGCAUAAUCCUUGAACCUGCAAGAACCCUAACCUUAUAAGUCAGCAAUACACAAAUUGGCUUAAUUAUUUAUUUACUAGCUAACUAAAUAAUAACACAGAAUACAUACAUACUUAAUACAUGAGAAAAGUCCCUAGCGGACUAACAACAGCAUGACUGCUUGGUUAUCAAAAAGGGAAGGGUCAAUAGAAGGAGGGAGAGAGACACAAAGACAGUCAAACUUAUCGUACAUACAUUUGGAAACUAUGCUCACGGUAAUCAGAAUACUUAGCACCCUAACCACCGCCCCUUUGCGUAAGAAAUGCAAUGUAUUUACGUGUCUGUCUUUGUUCAUCGUCUUUCUGUUGAACCCAAUCACUCCUAUGGGAAGGUGUCGAUGAGUGCAAGGCUCUUGUUGUCCAUCAGAGGUCACAAUGUCCUUAGUUGUCCCGGCUUGGAGUGGAGGGUUCAAAUAGAACAGAUACUCAAAUGCACCAAGGAUUGUCUGAGAUGGGAUUCUCCUUCCCAACUCGUUUCUUUAGUCAAAGAUCUAGACCACUUUACAUGCACAGCUGCAGACUGCCAAUGUUCUAAUCUAGUGAGUUUAUCUUUUUCACCUCGUGUAGAGAUUCAAAGUUCCAACCAUUUGUAACGUUUAGCUCACGCCUCACGUCUGCUGGUCUUUCUGGUCUAACCAUCUCCACGCUUCCUGGUCUAGUUUUAAUUUAUCUUUCAAGCCUUUAUGCCCUCUUGGUAAAAGGGGCGUUCCUACUUGCUGACACGAUCUCUGAUGGCACUUGGGGCGUGGCUAGUUACUGUGCAAAGGAUAUGAUUAGAAGUUAUCACUUACAGUGGGGAAAAAAAUAUUUACUCAGCCACCAAUUGUGCAAGUUCUCCCACUUAAAAAGAUGAGAGAGGCCUGUAAUUUUCAUCAUAGGUACACGUCAACUAUGACAGACAAAAUGAGAAAAAAAAUCCUGAAAAUCACAUUGUAGGAUUUUUUAUGAAUUUAUUUGCAAAUUAUGGUGGAAAAUAAGUAUUUGGUCACCUACAAACAAGCAAGAUUUCUGGCUCUCACAGACCUGUAACUUCUUCUUUAAGAGGCUCCUCUGUCCUCCACUCGUUACCUGUAUUAAUGGCACCUGUUUGAACUUGUUAUCAGUAUAAAAGACACCUGUCCACAACCUCAAACAGUCACACUCCAAACUCCACUGUGGCCAAGACCAAAGAGCUGUCAAAGGACACCAGAAACAAAAUUGUAGACCUGCACCAGGCUGGGAAGACUGAAUCUGCAAUAGGUAAUCAGCUUGGUUUGAAUAAAUCAACUGUGGGAGCAAUUAUUAGGAAAUGGAAGACAUACAAGACCACUGAUAAUAUCCCUCGAUCUGGGGCUCCACGCAAGAUCUCACCCUGUGGGGUCAAAAUGAUCACAAGAACGGUGAGCAAAAAUCCCAGAACCACACGGGGGGACCUAGUGAAUGACCUGCAGAGAGCUGGGACCAAAGUAACAAAGCCUACCAUCAGUAACACACUACGCCGCCAGGGACUCAAAUCCUGCUGUGUUCCCCUGCUUAAGCCAGUACAUGUCCAGGCCCGUCUGAAGUUUGCUAGAGUGCAUUUGGAUGAUCCAGAAGAGGAUUGGGAGAAUGUCAUAUGGUCAGAUGAAACCAAAAUAUAACUUUUUGGUAAAAACUCAACUCGUCGUGUUUGGAGUACAAAGAAUGCUGAGUUGCAUCCAAAGAACACCAUACCUACUGUGAAGCAUGGGGGUGGAAACAUCAUGCUUUGGGGCUGUUUUUCUGCAAAGGGACCAGGACGACUGAUCCGUGUAAAGGAAAGAAUGAAUGGGGCCAUGUAUCGUGAGAUUUUGAGUGAAAACCUCCUUCCAUCAGCAAGGGCAUUGAAGAUGAAAUGUGGCUGGGUCUUUCAGCAUGACAAUGAUCCCAAACACACCGCCCGGGCAACGAAGGAGUGGCUUCGUAAGAAGCAUUUCAAGGUCCUGGAGUGGCCUAGCCAGUCUCCAGAUCUCAACCCCAUAGAAAAUCUUUGGAGGGAGUUGAAAGUCCGUGUUGCCCAGCGACAGCCCCAAAACAUUGUCUGGCUAUCUGUCAGCCAUUUGCCAAGCUGAUCUGGAACUUUUGAUCCUCACCAAGGAGAGAGUCAGGACCAGAUGGGAUGGCGUAUCGCUGCAGAAUGCUGUGGUAGCCAUGCUGGUUAAGUGUGCCUUGAAUUCUAAAUAAAUCACAGACAGAGUCACCAGCAAAGCACCCUCACAGCAUCACACCUCCUCCUCCAUGCUUCACGGUGGGAACCACACAUGCAUAGAUCAUCCGUUCACCUACUCUGCGUCUCACAAAGACACAGAGGUUGGAACCAAAAAUGUCAAAUUUGGACUCAUCAGAACAAAGGACAGAUUUCCACCGCAGUUGUCCAUUGCUCAUGUUUCUUGGCCCAAGCAAGUCUCUUCUUAUUAUUGGUGUCCUUUAGUAGUGGUUUCUUUGCAGCAAUUCAACCAUGAAGGCCUGAUUCACGCAGUAUCCUCUGAACAGUUGAUGUUGAGAUGUGUCUGUUACUUGAACUCUGUGAAGAAUUUAUUUGGGCUGCAAUUUCUGAGGCUGGUAACUCUAAUGAACUUAUCCUCUGCAGCAGAGGUGACUCUGGGUCUUCCUUUCCUGUGGUGGUCCUCAUGAGAGCCAGUUUCAUCAUAGCGCUUGAUGGUUUUUGUGACUGAAGAAACUUUCAAAGUUCUUGACAUUUUACGGAUUGACUGACCAUGUCUUAAAGUAAUGAUGGACUGUCGUUUCUCUUUGCUUAUUUGAGCUGUUCUUGCCAUAAUAUGGACUUGGUCUUUUACCAAAUAAGGCUAUCUUCUGUAUACCAACCCUACCUUGUCACAACACAACUGAUUGGCUCAAACGCAUUAAGAAGGAAAGAAAUUCCACAAAUUAACUUUUCACAAGGCACACCUGUUAAUUGAAAUGCAUUCCAGGUUACUAUCAUAUGAAGCUGGUUGAGAGAAUGCCAAGAGUGUGCAAAGCUGUCAUCAAGGCAAAGGGUGGCUACUUGUCUUGAGAUGUUGACUUGUCCCCAUGUGCAGUUGCAAACUGUAGUCUGGCUUUUUUAUGGCGGUUUUGGAGCAGUGGCUUCUUCCUUGCUGAGCGGCCUUUCAGGUUAUGUCGAUAUAGUACUCGUUUUACUGUGGAUAUAGAUACUUUUGUACCUGUUUCCUCCAGCAUCUUCACAAGGUCCUUUGCUGUUGUUCUGGGAUUGAUUUGCACUUUUAGCACCAAAGUACGUUCAUCUCUAGGAGACAGAACGCGUCUCCUUCCUGAGCGGUAUGACGGCUGCGUGGUCCCAUGGUGUUUAUACUUGCGUACUAUUGUUUGUACAGAUGAACGUGGUACCUUCAGGCGUUUGGAAAUUGCUCCCAAGGAUGAACCAGACUUGUGGAGGUCUACAAUUCUUUUCUGAGGUCUUGGCUGAUUUCUUUUGAUUUUCCCAUGAUGUCAAGCAAAGAGGCACUGAGUUUGAAGGUAGGCCUUGAAAUACAUCCACAGGUACACCUCCAAUUGACUCUCAUGAUGUCAAUUAGCCUAUCAGAAGCUUCUAAAGCCAUGACAUCAUUUUCCUGAAUUUUCCAAGCUGUUUAAAGGCACAGUCAACUUAGUGUAUGUAAACUUCUGACCCACUGGAAUCGUGAUACAGUGAAUUAUAAGUGAAAUAAUCUGUCUGUAAACAAUUGUUGGAAAAAUUACUUGUCAUGCACAAAGUAGAUGUCCUAACCGACUUGCCAAAACUAUAGUUUGUAAACAAUAAAUUUGUGGGGUGGUUGAAAAACAAGUUUUAAUGACUCCAACCUAAGUGUAUGUAAACUUCCGACUUCAACUGUAUAUACUUUAAGGACAUUUUUUAUUUUAGAUUUGUAUAUUUAGCUCACAUAAUAUAAUUUAAAAGUUAGCACUAAGGUGUCUGUAAUAGAAUAAACGUGUAAAAAAAAAAAGACAACAUGAAAAAUGCAUUUCUAUAGCUUCCAAAAUCUUUUUUUUACAAUUGAGGAGAAGUACCAAGAUGGCUGCACGGUGGCUUCAAUACAGCACCCUCUGUCAGUCAUUGUGGGUUUAUACACAUAAUUGGUCCCACCUGAUCUUUCCUCCUCCACUGAGGUAUAAUAAAAUCAAAUUGUAUUUGUCACAUACACGUGUUUAGCAGAUGUUAUUGCGGGUGUAGCGAAAUGCUUCUGCUUCUAGCUCCGACAGUGCAGUAAUAUCUAACAAGUAAUAUCUAAUAAUUUCACAACAUAUACCCAAUACACACAAAUCUAAGUAAGGAAUGGAAUUUAAGAAUAUAUACAUAUAUGGACAAGCAAUGACAGAGCGGCAUGGACUAAGAUGCAGUAGAAUAUUAUAGAAUACAGUAUAUACAUAUGAGAUGAGUAUUGCAAGAUAUGUAAACAUUCUUAAAGUGACUAGUGUUCCAUUUCUUAAAGUGGCCAGUGAUUUCAAUAGGCAGCAUUCUUACAUAGGUAUUCCUCUUGUCCAGAUGGGAUUGGGCAGUGUGCAGUGUGAUGGUGAUUGCAUCGUCUGUGGAUCUAUUGGGGUGGUAAGCAAACUGAAGUGGGUCUAGGUGAUAUGAUCCUUGACUAGUCUCUCAAAGCACUACAUGAUCCUCAGAGUUCGUACUGCUUGGUGACCUAAAUUGGGAUAUGCUUAACACCCCGGCCAUCCUACAAUCUAAACUAGAUGCCCUCAAUCUCACACAAAUUAUCAACGAACCUACCAGGUACAACCCUAAAUCCGUAAACAUGGGUUUCCUCAUAGAUAUCAUCCUGACUAACUUACCCUCUAAAUACACCUCCGCUGUCUUCAACCAGGAUCUCAGCGAUCACUGCCUUAUUGCCUGCGUCCGUAACGGGUCCGCGGUCAAACGACCACCCCUCAUCACUGUCAAACGCUCCCUAAAACACUUCAGCGAGCAGGCCUUCCUAAUUGACCUGGCCCAGGUAUCCUGGAUGGAUAUAGAUCUCAUUCCGUCAGUAGAGGAUGCCUGGUUGUUCUUUAAAAGUAAUUUACUCUCAAUCUUAUAUAAACAUGCCCCAUUCAAAAAAGACAGAACUAAGAACAGAUAUAGCCCCUGGUUCUCCUCAGACUUGACUGUCCUUGACCAGCACAAAAACAUCCUGUGGCGUACUGCAUUAGCAUCAAAUGCAACUUUUCAGGGAAGUUAGGAACCAAUAUACACAAGCAGUUAGGAAAGCAAAGGCUAACUUUUUCAAACAGAAAUUUGCAUCCUGUAGCACUAACUCCAAAAAGUGUUGGGACACUGUAAAGUCCAUGGAGAAUAAGAGCACUUCCUCCCAGCUGCCCACUGCACUGAGGCUAGGAAACAUUAUCACCACCGAUAAAUCUACAAUAAUCGAGAAUUUCAACAAGCAUUUUGCUACGGCUGGCCAUGCUUUCCACCUGGCUACCACUACCCCAGCCACCAGCUCUGCACCCUCCGCUGCAACUUGCCCAUGCCCCCCCCCCCCGCUUCUCCUUCACACAAAUCCAGACAGCUGAUGUUCUGAAAGAGCUGCAAAAUCUGGACCCCUACAAAUCAUCUGGGCUAGACAAUCUGGACCCUUUCUUUCUAAAACUAGCCGCCGAAAUUGUCGCAACCCCUAUUACUAGCCUGUUCAACCUCUCUUUCGUAACGUCUGAGAUCCCCAGAGAUUGGAAAGCUGCCGCGGUCAUCCCCCUCUUCAAAGGGGAUGACACUCUAGAUCCAAACUGUUACAGACCUAUAUCCAUCCUGCCCUGCCUUUCGAAAGUUUUUGAAAGCCAAGUUAACAAACAGAUCACCGACCAUUUCGAAUCCCACCGUACCUGGUCUGCGCAUGCUCUGAGGACGCGGCUAGGGAUGCCGUCUGGGCCGGCAGCCUUGCGAGGGUUAAUAUGCUUAAAUGUCUUACUCACAUCGACAACGGAGAAGGAGAGCCCACAGUCCUUGGUAGUGGGUCGCAUCGGUGGCACUGUGUUAUCCUCAAAGCGUGGGAAGAAGGUGUUUAGCUUCUCUGGAAGCGAGACGUUGGUGUCGGCUACAGUGGGGCAAAAAAGUAUUUAGUCAGCCACCAAUUGUGCAAGUUCUCCCACUUAAAAAGAUGAGAGAGUCCUGUAAUUUUCAUCAUAGGUACACGUCAACUAUGACAGACAAAAUGAGGAAAAAAAAUCAGAAAAUCACAUUGUUGGAUUUUUUUAUGAAUUUAUUUGCAAAUUAUGGUGGAAAAUAAGUAUUUGGUCAAUAACAAAAGUUUCUCAAUACUUCGUUAUAUACCCUUUGUUGGCAAUGACACAGGUCAAACGUUUUCUGUAAGUCUUCACAAGGUUUUCACACACUGUUGCUGGUAUUUUGGCCCAUUCCUCCAUGCAGAUCUCCUCUAGAGCAGUGAUGUUUUGGGGCUGUCGCUGAGCAACACAGACUUUCAACUCCCUCCAAAGAUUUUCUAUGGGGUUGAGAUCUGGAGACUGGCUAGGCCACUCCAGGACCUUGAAAUGCUUCUUACGAAGCCACUCCUUCGUUGCCCGGGCGGUGUGUUUGGGAUCAUUGUCAUGCUGAAAGACCCAGCCACGUUUCAUCUUCAAUGCCCUUGCUGAUGGAAGGAGGUUUUCACUCAAAAUCUCACGAUACAUGGCCCCAUUCAUUCUUUCCUUUACACGGAUCAGUCGUCCUGGUCCCUUUGCAGAAAAACAGCCCCAAAACAUGAUGUUUCCACCCCCAUGCUUCACAGUAGGUAUGGUGUUCUUUGGAUGCAACUCAGCAUUCUUUGUCCUCCAAACACGACGAGUUGAGUUUUUACCAAAAAGUUCUAUUUUGGUUUCAUUUGACCAUAUGACAUUCUCCCAAUCCUCUUCUGGAUCAUCCAAAUGCACUCUAGCAAACUUCAGACGGGCCUGGACAUGUACUGGCUUAAGCAGGGGGACACGUCUGGCACUGCAGGAUUUGAGUCCCUGGCGGCGUAGUGUGUUACUGAUGGUAAGCUUUGUUACUUUGGUCCCAGCUCUCUGCAGGUCAUUCACUAGGUCCCCCCGUGUGGUUCUGGGAUUUUUGCUCACCGUUCUUGUGAUCAUUUUGACCCCACAGGGUGAGAUCUUGCGUGGAGCCCCAGAUCGAGGGAGAUUAUCAGUGGUCUUGUAUGUCUUCCAUUUCCUAAUAAUUGCUCCCACAGUUGAUAUAUUCAAACCAAGCUGAUUACCUAUUGCAGAUUCAGUCUUCCCAGCCUGGUGCAGGUCUACAAUUUUGUUUCUGGUGUCCUUUGACAGCUCUUUGGUCUUGGCCAUAGUGGAGUUUGGAAUGUGACUGUUUGAGGUUGUGGACAGGUGUCUUUUAUACUGAUAACAAGUUCAAACAGGUGCCAUUAAUACAGGUAACGAGUGGAGGACAGAGGAGCCUCUUAAAGAAGAAGUUACAGGUCUGUGAGAGCCAGAAAUCUUGCUUGUUUGUAGGUGACCAAAUACUUAUUUUCCCCCACUGGUUUUCCUUUUGUAGUCCGUGAUUGUCUGUAUACCCUGCCACAUCCGUCUCGUGUCUGAGCCGUUGAUUUGCGACUCCACUUUGUCUCUAUACUGAUGUUUUGCCAGUUUAAUUGCGGAGUGAGUAGCUACACUGAGAACCCAUCUGGCUGGACUGAUUUUGACAGAAUAUCCCCAGAGAGCCAUGUUUCUGUGAAACAAAGUAUGUUACAGGCCCUGAUGUCUCUCUGUAAAGAAAUCCUUGCACUGAGCUCGUCGACCUUGUUAUCGAAAGACUGAACAUUAGCGAGUAAGAUACUUGGAAGUGGUGGGUGGUGUGCGCGCCUCCUAAGUCGCACUAGCAGGCCGCUCCGAGUGCCUCUCCUCCGCUGGUGAUGUUUUGGGUCAGCCGCUGGAAUCAGUUAAAUUGCCCUGGGGAGAUCAAACAAAGAAUCUGCUUUGGGAAAGUCGUAUUCCUGGUCGUAAUGCUGGUGAGUUGAUUCAAUAGUUUUUCCCGGCUGUAUGUAAUGAUACAAAACACUUUCUGAGCUAAUAAGGUAAAAAUUAAUACAUCCAUAAUGAUCCAUUCCCCCCAUAAAAACAACAACAACAAAAAAAGUAAUACAUAAAAAAACAAAAUACCGCAAAGUUUCCUAAGAGCUAGUCGCGAGGCCACCAUCUUCGUCAGCAGCGUCCAAGAUGUCCGCCUGUUGUUUUCAAGGUAAUCUACUCAUGUUCGCAUAAGCUGAUUCAUGGACCAUCUAUACCCGGGUUGAAUCCGGUUUAUAAGGACCAACAUCACAUGCGCUCAGUGCAUACAGGGAGUAGGGCGAGCAGCGACGACAUCAUCACGUUAUCCAAAAACAUGGCAGACAUUGGAUGAAUAUAACAUUUGGAGAGAGAAAAAUGGGCCUCAUCUACAAUUAUUUGAAUAAUUCAAUGGAUGUUUUGUGCACAAAAGUGAUGACUAAAGUGAUUAUUAGGAUAUUAACAUUUCAUAUUCAUGCUCUGAGGUCAUGACCCCAGCUAGCCAGGGGAAGUGCUGGUUGGCUUGUUUAGUUGUCCACAUGCUCUGACAGAGUUCCCGGAGCAUGUUCGCACGAUACUGUUGUCUGUCCAGUGUGAACUGAGUGCUAGUGCGCAAUCUUCGUAAUCCCUGUAAGAAAGAUGGCAGCAACCACGAAACAGUGUAUGUGAACGUGAGUAGAUUACAUUGAAAACAAAGCUUCACCAUCUUGGAGGCAGUCUCUAGUUCUUAUUAUACCUCAGUGCAUGACAUGAAGAACAGGGAGUGGAUUAGCUAAAAAUACUGGUACCCAGGCUAACUGCCUUCCAUUUUUGAAGACAUUUAUUUUAAUUGUUAGAGAGGCCACUUGACCACCUAACCCAAAACCUUACCCUACUCCUUACCCUAAACCGGGUUCGUAUCCUAACCCCAAACCCACCGCUUACCCUAAACCGGGUUCGUAUCCGUAUGGCUGCAUCAUUUGUGGGGGACGACAUGUUUACUGUUGCCUUGUUUAUUUAUCAAUAUCAGUCUCAAAUAGGUUGAAGAAACCUAUUGUCACGAUCGUUAUGGGAAGAAGCGAACCAAGGCGCAGCGUGAGAAGCGUACAUCUUUAUUACUUGUACACACAACGAACCAAAACAAUAAACGAUUCGUGAAGUCCUAGGUUAAAUACACAAACCUUCCGGAACAAGAUCCCACAAAACAAAAGUGCCAACAGGCUGCCUAAGUAUGGUUCCCAAUCAGAGACAACAAGCAACAGCUGCCUCUGAUUGGGAACCACCCUGGCCAACAUAGAAAUACGUGAACUAGAACACCAUAACAAGUCCACACCCUGGCUCAACAUUUAAGAGUCCCCAGAGCCAGGGCGUGACACCUAUAUUGCCUGUAUUGAUUUGAUUAUCAUUUUAUCUCUAAUUUGACAUGGUAAAUAAAUAUUGCACAAUUUCAUUUAAUUGAAAUUAACAUUGAUAAAUAAAGACAAAAGUAAUUUAUUUCUGGUUGCUUUAGUUGAUGUAUGGGCUGCUUUUGUUCAGUGUUUCGUACAGUUUCAUUUGAUCCCACUCUCUCUAACUCCUCCUCUGUCAACUCUGACAGGUAUUGUAACACGAUGCCCUCUCGAGCUGAAGAUGAAGAGGAAGAGAGAAGGAGAGGAAUGGCAUGGAAAAAUCAGCUACCAAGACCAUGAGGAGGAGAUUGAGGACCCCUCUGAUGUGGAGAAGAAAAUUCGUGAAGGUGUGGUCAUUGGCCUGCUGAUCAUGGCAAAGAUGAAAGUCUCUAAAGUCUAAACUAUGUUCUCUACUCCAUAAGAGAGCAUACCCAUAAGCAUGAAAUAUCUAAAUACCAAUAAAAAGAUAACUUGAUCCACUUUACUAUUGUGCUGUUGGAACCCUGGUGGUUUCUAGUAGCAGUGUUCAGUAUUCUUGUUCCUCCCUCCAGCCCAGGAUGAAAUGGCAGGUGUGGGGGUGGGUAUCAGUGAUGACCUCAUCAGCCUGGAGAUUGGCUCCCCUGACGUCCCAGACCUCACACUCAUCGACCUGCCAGGCAUCGCCCGGGUAGCUGUCAAGGGACAACCUGAGAACAUUGGUGAACAGGUACACCCUUCCACCCCACCCUCAAUGUUAGUGGGAAAACAUUGUGCAUUUUCAACCCCAGAACAGAAACCAAGUCCUCCCACGACAUGUUAUGUAUAAUAAUGUUUGACAUUUUCAGAUUAAGAGACUGAUACGGAAGUUCAUCAUGAAGCAAGAAACAAUCAGCUUGGUGGUUGUGCCAUGCAACGUUGAUAUAGCAACCACAGAGGCUUUGAAGAUGGCACAAGAGGUGGACCCUGAAGGGGAAAGGACAUUAGGUAUUCCUCCUUUGUUAUUUACUAAACUAUUAUGAAGCAAGCUCUUGUGUAAUGGUGGUUAUAAACCAUGUUGACUUUAAUGAGUUAGACUUAUGUGUGUUUCCCAUUGGACAGGCAUCCUGACCAAGCCUGACCUUGUAGACAAAGGCACAGAGGAGACGGUGGUGGACAUAGUUCAUAAUGAGGUUAUCCACCUGGCUAAGGGCUACAUGAUAGUCAAGUGCAGGGGACAGAAAGAGAUCAUGGAGCGAGUCUCACUGACCGAGGCCACAGAGAGGGAGAAGGCCUUCUUUAAAGAGCACGCUAAUCUCAGGUCGGACCUCUUGGCUGAUGUGUGCCACAGAUUUUAUCAAAUUUGAUCAACUUUAUAGAUUUUCAAUGAAGUUUGUACCUGUGUGGUAACCAAACUAUUUGUGAAGUUGAAAAAAAAAAAAGUAUUUUUCCUAUCGUUUGUGCAGCACACUUUAUGAUGAGGGCUAUGCCACCAUCCCUAAACUGGCAGAGAAAUUAACUCUUGAACUGGUGCAUCAUAUCGAGGUAAAUUCUUCUUCCAUUACAUUUUACUGCACAAAAUGCUAUACAUUUGUUACUGAGUGACUGUUGCCAUAAGCCAUGACUCUGCUUUGUGCCCUUUAGAAAUCCCUGCCUCGUCUAGAAGAGCAGAUUGAGGCAAAGCUGGCAGAGACACAUGCCGAGCUGGAAAGAUUUGGUACUGGACCACCUGAGGAUUCGGCAGAGAGGCUGUACUUCCUGAUUGAUGUGAGUCCCCCAGCCUGCAAACCCCAGAUUAUUUAGUUACCCUCUCUUUCACUCUGCUUUGGCCUUGACCCAAACUCACAACAGCCAUGUUAGUCUUUGUUAGCAAAAUUAGCAAAUUCUGGAAAUAAUUUGAAAGUUGAUAACAUUUUAUAUCCAUAGCUUUUUCACUUUCUACACGUCUAUCCCUCUCCAUGUAUCUAACAACUUAUUUUUUUUGUGUUUCAGAAAGUGACUGCAUUCACCCAGGAUGCCAUCAACCUGAGCACUGGGGAGGAGCUGAAAAGCGGAGUUCGUCUCAACGUCUUUUCCACACUAAGAACAGAGUUUGGUAAAUGGAAGUUACACCUGGAUCGCGCUGGAGAAAUCUGUGAGUGUACUACUAUCACACACCCAUCGAAAACAAUGGCUCAUUUGAGCGAGCUAGAUAACAAAUAAUUGCUAUAUGAAUUUAGAUUUCUGUACCAAAUUUGUAUUAAACAUGGAAGGCUUACACACUUACACGCUUAUUUAAUGUAAUGCAACAGUGACAUCCUUUGUAUAUUACAGUUAACCAGAGGAUCGAGGGAGAAGUGGCUGAUUAUGAGAAGACGUACCGUGGAAGAGAGCUCCCAGGGUUCAUCAACUACAAGACCUUUGAGGUGAUGGUGAAGGACCAGCUCAAACAACUCGAGGAACCAGCAGUCAAGAAGCUGAAAGAGAUAUCAGGUACAGUAUAUGUUUGAGAAUGUUAUUUUAUACCUACAGUGGGGAGAACAAGUAUUUGAUACACUGCUGAUUUUGCAGGUUUUCCUACUUACAUGUACUACUUGCAUGUAGAGGUCUGUAAUUUGUAUCAUAGGUACACUUCAACUGUGAGAGACGGAAUCUAAAACAAAAAUCCAGAAAAUCACAUUGUAUGAUUUUUAAGUAAUUAAUUUGCAUUUUAUUGCAUGACAUAAGUAUUUGAUACAUCAGAAAAGCAGAACUUAAUAUUUGGUACAGAAACCUUUGUUUGCAAUUACAGAGAUCAUACGUUUCCUGUAGGUCUUGACCAGGUUUGCACACACUGCAGCAGGGAUUUUGGCCCACUACUCCAUACAGACCUUCUCCAGAUCCUUCAGGUUUCGGGGCUGUCACUGGGCAAUAUGGACUUUCAGCUCCCUCCAAAGAUUUUCUAUUGGGUUCAGGUCUGGAGACUGGUUAGGCCACUCCAGGACCUUGAGAUGCUUCUUAUGGAGCCACUCCUUAGUUGCCCUGGCUGUGUGUUUCGGGUCGUUGUCAUUCUGGAAGACCCAGCCACGACCCAUCUUCAAUGCUCUUACUGAGGGAAGGAGGUUGUUGGCCAAGAUCUCGCGAUACAUGGCCCCAUCCAUCCACCCCUCAAUACGGUGCAGUCAUCCUGUCCCCUUUGCAGAAAAGCAUCCCCAAAGAAUGAUGUUUCCACCUCCAUGCUUCACGGUUGGGAUGGUGUUCUUGGGGUUGUACUCAUCCUUCUUCUUCCUCCAAACACGGCGAGUGGAUUUUAGACCAAAAAGCUCUAUUUUUGUCUCAUCAGACCACAUGACCUUCUCCCAUUCCUCCUCUGGAUCAUCCAGAUGGUCAUUGGCAAACUUUAGACGGGCCUGGACAUGCGCUGGCUUGAGCAGGGGGACCUUGCGUGCACUGCAGGAUUUUAAUCCAUGACGGCGUAGUGUGUUACUAAUGGUUUUCUUUGAGACUGUGGUCCCAGCUCUCUUCAGGUCAUUGACCAGGUCCUGCCAUGUAGUUCUGGGCUGAUCCCUCACCUUCCUCAUGAUCAUUGAUGCCCCACGAGGUGAGAUCUUGCAUGGAGCCCCAGACCGAGGGUGAUUGACCGUCAUCUUGAACUUCUUCCAUUUUCUAAUAAUUGUGCCAACAGUUGUUGCCUUCUCACCAAACUGCUUGCCUAUUGUCCUGUAGCCCAUCCCAGCCUUGUGCAGGUCUACAAUUUUAUCCCUGAUGUCCUUACACAGCUCUCUGGUCUUGGCCAUUGUGGAGAGGUUGGAGUCUGUUUGAUUGAGUGUGUGGACAGGUGUCUUUUAUACAGGUAACGAGUUCAAACAGGUGCAGUUAAUACAGAUAAUGAGUGGAGAACAGGAGGGCUUCUUAAAGAAAAACUAACAGGUCUGUGAGAGCCGGAAUUCUUACUGGUCGGUAGUUGAUCAAAUACUUAUGUCAUGCAAUAAAAUGCAAAUUAAUUACUUAAAAGCCACACAAUGUGAUUUUCUUUGUUUUAAAUUCCGUCUCUCACAGUUGAAGUGUGCCUAUGAUAAAAAUUACAGACCUCUACAUUUGUAAGUAGCAAAACCUGCAAAAUCGGCAGUGUAUCAAAUACUUGUUCUCCCCACUGUAUACUGAAACCCAGUUAGUGAUUUUAUUUAAUAUGGUGGCCCUAUUUGCCAAACUAUGAAGCCAAGACAGUCGUGAAGAGGGCACGACAAAGCCUAUUCCCCCUCAGGAGACUAAAAAGAUUUGGCAUGGGUCCUCAGAUCCUCAAAAAAUUCUACAGCUGCACCAUCGAGAGCAUCCUGACUGGUUGCAUCACCGCCUGGUAUGGCAACUGCUUGGCCUUUGACCGCAAGGCACUACAGAGGGUAGUGCGUACGGCCCAGUACAUCACUGGGGCAAAGCUCCCUGCCAUUCAGGACCUCUAUACCAGGCGGUGUCAGAGGAAGGCCCUCAAAAUUGUCAAAGACUCCAGCCACCCUAGUCAUAGACUGUUCUCUCUGCUACCGCACGGCAAGCGGUACCGGAGUGCCAAGUCUAGGUCCAAAAGACUUCUCAACAGCUUCUACCCCCAAGCCAUAAGACUCCUGAACAGCUAAUCAUGGCUACCCGGACUAUUUGCACUGCCCCCCCACCCCAUCCUUUUUACGCUGCUGCUACUCUGUUAAGUAUUUAUGCAUAGUCACUUUAACUCUACCCACAUGUACAUAUUACCUCAACUACCUCAACUAGCCGGUGCCCCCGCACAUUGACUCUGCAACGGUACCCCCCUGUAUAUAUAGCCUCCCUACUGUCACUUUAUUUUACUGUAUAUAUAGCCUCCCUACUGUCACUUUAUUUUACUUCUGCUCUUUUUUUCUCAACACUUUUUUUGUUGUUGUUUUAUUCUUACUUUUUUUGUUUAAAAUAAAUGCACUGUUGGUUAAGGGCUGUAAGUAAGCAUUUCACUGUAAUGUCUGCACCUGUUGUAUUCGGCGCAUGUGACCAAUAAAAUUUGAUUUGAUUUGAUUUGAAGAUGAUUUAUGUAUAUUUAUAUAUAUAUAUAUAUCUUUGAGUCCUAUGUGUCACAGUGAUGUUAUGGUAUUUCUUCCCUUCUCUAGAUGCCGUUAGGAAGGUGUUCUUACUGCUGGCUCAGAGCAGCUUCACUGGAUUUCCUAACCUCCUGAAAUCAGCUAAGGUAUACAGUAUCUCACACCAUGCAAUAUUAAUGUCACCAUUCAUCCCUGAUUUUCCCACAGUUGGUUCCCACAGUUGGUCAUCGACCUGUAUGUGAAUGAGAUGGCUGACAUGCACCAACUACAUUUAUCUCCUGUUGAAUGACUGAGUUGUGUUUUGUUUGAACUACAGACAAAGAUUGAGGCCAUUAAGCAGGUGAAUGAGUCUACAGCUGAGUCCAUGUUGAGGACUCAGUUCAAGAUGGAGCUGAUAGUGUACACACAGGACAGCACCUACAGCCACAGCCUGAGUGAGAGGAAGAGGGAGGAGGAAGAGGAAGAGGACGAUGACCUUCCCAUACCUGAGAUAAGGAGUACUAUCUUCAGCACAGACAACCAUGCCACCCUACAGGAGAUGAUGCUGCACCUCAAGUCCUAUUACUGGGUAAGUACUGUGUAAAUCACCAUCUUAGAUGCUGGCCUAACACCCUAAACAAGAACCUACCUGUAUUUCCACUAGCUCUUCUGACUAGGGAUAAGUGGGCACUAACUCAGAGAUUGAAUAAAACUGCUGACUCUUAAACUUAUUUCAUCACCAAUUCCCUGAAAGCUAUUAUAUAAUUGCAUGUAAAUGUGCUAUAACAUUAUACAAUUCAGUGUGUGUGAACCAACCAUUGUUAGGGGACUAAACCUUGAAUUGGACAAAAGUGAUGGUAGAUCACUAUAUCCAUCUAUGUCUGUCAUUUUAAUAAUAGGUGUUUUGUCUUGUCUGUCUCUUUUUCUUUGCCAGAUUGCCAGUCAGCGUCUGGCUGAUCAGAUUCCCAUGGUGAUCCGUUACCUGGUGUUGCAGGAGUCUGCUUUCCAGCUGCAGAGAGAGAUGCAUCAGAUGCUGCAGGAGAAGGACAACAUCGAGUACCUGCUGAAGGAGGACUUUGACAUCGGCAGCAAGAGGGCUGCACUGCAGAGUAAGCUCAAACGCCUGAUGAAGGCACGCAGCUACCUAGUGGAGUUCUAGUAUGGACAGCUGCUUGUUAACAUUUAGGAUGGUCUUGUCUAAUGUCAGAUAGCUUGGUUAAUGGAAGUAGGCCUACGUGUGCAUUGCAUUGAGGUUUGGGGUAGACUCUGUAAUCUAAGUUAUAAUAAAGUUACUAUGCAAUC